AUGGCAUUAAAUAUUAUCUUCUUAGAUAUUGAUGGAGUCUUAUGUUUAGGCAGAAAAAUGGAUAAAAAUUGCUUACAACAUUUGAAAACUAUUACAGAUGUAACAUCGGCACGAAUUGUUUUAUCAUCUUCAUGGAGAUUUUUUCCAAAAUCACGAGCACAAAUUGAAGCAUCAUUUAAAGAAAUUGGUAUCAAUUCUUUACUAGGAUGGACUGGUUCUCAAGGUAAAACGCGAGUAGAUGAAAUCUAUUCUUGGAUGAAAAAUUUCGACAAUAAAACAAUUGAAGAAGAUAUUAUUAUUAAUAAAUGGAUUGCUAUUGAUGAUAUGGAUUUAUAUACUCUAGAUAAAACACGUAUGCAAGAUCAUUUUGUAUUAACAACAUUAAUACAAGGAAUUACAGAAGAAACAGUCAAAGAAGCAAUUCGAUUACUUUCUUGA